UUUUUAUUAUAUUUUUAGUAUAUUAUUUAAUUUUUCCGAUUUUUAAUCUAAUUUACAUUAUCAAGAAUGCCACUGUUUAAAAAGUUUGUGGAGCCUGGACGUCUUUGCCUAUUGACUUAUGGCCCGAAUUCUGGAAAGCUUGUUUUUGUCGUUGAUAUCGUCACGCCAACCAGAGUUUUAGUCGAUGGAGCCGACGUCACCGGGGUGAAGAGGCAGCAGGUACCGAAGACGUGGUUGAAGUUAACGGAUGUGAGGGUGGAGUUACAGCGUGGUGCCAGGACAGGAACAUUAUCAAAGGCUGCCAAGGCUCAGAACGCUUUAGAGUUAUUUGACAAGACGAGUUUGGGUAAGAAACUGCGAGUGUUGGAGAAGAAAAAGAACCUGAACGACUUUCAAAGGUUCAAGCUCAUGAGCGCCAAAAAACAACGAAGAAAAGUACUCAAAUCUCUCAACAAAUAAUUUAUUCCAAUUAUA